AUGACUGCAGUUGUGGUGACAGAGGUAAUUGUGAUAUUGGCUACAGCAUUGUUUUUUACCUUCAUGAGUGGCCUCAUGUUCUUCAUUCUGUGGAGCAAACCAAAAUUCAGGGAGGACUCUCGUUACAUCCUCUUUGCCCACAUGCUCAUCAAUGAUUCUGUUCAUCUGAUGGGCAGUAUAGUGUUGGUCUUAUGUGUCUUGGCAUUCCUCCAUAUGUCUAAAGCCAUCUGCUCCAUCCUGGUACUGAUUUCUGCAGUCACUUAUCACAACACCCCACUCAACCUGGCAGUGAUUUCACUGGAGCGCUAUGUGGCCAUUCGCUUCCCUUUGCGUCACACAGAGAUCGCCACCCAGAGAAGGACAGCUGUCGCUAUUGGACUAAUGUGGUUCAUUAGCUCUAUUAACAUCCUCAUUGAGAUAAUUUACACCAUUGCACUUGAUCCCCACUUUUUCACUGCACCCGUAUUAUGUAUACGGGAGCAGAUGUUAAUUGAGGAAUGGCAGCUCGCCUUGAGCAGUGGGUUGAAUUUUUUUUUUCUUGUGGUUGUGGCUCUGACAAUCCUCUAUAUUUACGUUAGUUUAACAUUAGUAGCUAAAUCAGCUUCCACAAACAAGGAUUCAGCCAAUAAGGCUCGCAAAACUGUGCUGCUCCACAUGUUUCAGCUGGGACUAUGUAUCACCUCUUUGCUGUUUGCAUUGUUUGAGUCUCUGAUUGCCAAGACUGCCACUGCCUUGUUUGUGCCUCUGCAAUACUUGAACUUCUUUUGCCUCCUUGUUCUUCCCCGAUGUCUAAGUCCCCUCAUUUAUGGCCUGAGAGACAGUGCCAUCCGGCCACUUUUCCUCAGCUACUUCAGGUGCAACCCCACCACACUCAAACCCCUCCAAGUCAAGAAGAAAGAGACCCCGGGCCCAUGCCCGCCGGAGACCCUGGGCCUGUGUCCGUCUGAGACCCUGGGCCUGUGUCCCCCUCUGAGACCCCUUGUUCCCUCCGAGAACCCUCAGAGACCCCUUGUUCCCUACGAGACCCCCCCCCAAGCUCCCCCCUUCACUCCAAGAAGCCUCCGAGCUCCCUUCCUGCCCUUCAAGACCCCCCCAAGCUCCCCUCCUUCCCUCCGAGACCCCCCCAAGCUCCCUUCCUUCCCUCCGAGAACCCCGUUGCCUUCCGAGAUCCCCGUUUUCCCGUCCGAGACCCAAGCUCCCUUCCGAGACCCCCGUUUCCGUCCGAGACCCAAGCUCCCUUCAGAGACCCCCGUUUCCGUCUGA